CGCUUGAGGGUGAACCAACACCUCACACUUACACUCCACCUCGUUUAUCUUGCUCUUGCUCCAUAAUGGAUACUACAACAUCGCAGGAGCCCUCCAACGUGUCUACACCAGCUAAUGAAAACGAUAUCAUCCACUCAGAGCCUCUUUCGUCCCAACAUUCGCCAAAAGAAGCACCGACCCCCACUCGUUCACUCAAAAUCUAUACCAGAGCACAUAUUCUUGCUUUACACAAAUCUCCCCUUGUUUCCAUUCCAAACGGUAUGCCUGAGCUGAAGGAUUGGUUCGGCACUGAAAACGAGCAAAAUCUCAACCGAAAGGAUUCAGAACCCUCUACCCCAAACAGUGGUCGCGAGCGAAGGUUUAGGCGCGAUGCAGAAGAUGGUGAUUUACCUCCUCGUCCAUCAUUUCGCUCUACUGCCUCCCAACCAUCCCAAAUGGGUAACUUUAAACAUCAGUCUCUACGUUCGAGCGAUCGUGACCUAGAUAGAGAUAGGGAAGGAGAGAGGCUCCGUAACUUCGAUCGUGAUCGUUUGUCAAUAUCCGGCCUUCGAAAUAAGGAAAGAGAUGUCGCCCCACAUUUCUCAACAGGCUCAAGUAGGGGGACCACUCAACAAGGAACGAUAGCUGCACGGCGCUUAGAGGGCCGGGACGGUACUAGGAAGGAGGAUUGGAGGAGAGGGAAUGAUUCGCGCCGGUCGGAAAGGUCAGAAAUAACUCGAGACGAAAGAGACCCUCGUCGAGACUCAUCUCGCACUCGAAGAGAUCCUUCGUCUUCCCGUCGAGACCACGAUACUCGAAGAGAAAGAGAAAGAGAUCGAGAAGAAUACCGGCGUGAACGAGACCGAGAUGAACCACGCAGAGACCGAGAGGACGCAGAACUAGAUGAUCCCAAGAAAUGGAGGGAAGAGGGAAGGAGAGACCCUAGACGCGAGCGUGGGCGUGAAAAACCUUCUCACGAAAAUUCUUGGGAGAACGGUGAUCGUCGUUGGGGACUCGCAGAGGAUAAGGAUCGAGCCAAGAAAGGAACAGGUAGGGACAAGAAAUCCAACGCUACAGACGACUUUAAGGACCGAGAGGAGCGUCGUUCGGAACGCGAGAAGGAGAAGGAACCCGCUUGGAUGGACACUUACAUACCCUCCUCCUCUGGUGGCGGUAUUUUGGGUGGGAAAGGGAGUGAUGGAGAGCUGGACGGCAUUCAAGCUUGGAAAAAGAAUAUGAAGGAGAAGGAACAGCAGGCUCAGAAGGCUUUGAACUCUGCUGAUCAUGAUGCACCCGGAGUCGCACCACAACGAGAAAAUCCAGAAGAGCAGAUGGACGAAAUUCAGAGGUUCAAGAAAAUGAUGGAACUCGCUCAAAAGCAGAAAGGUUCUCAAACUGAAUCUCUUGCUACCAACCCCUCCAUCUCGGCUGCAGAACCAUUGACUGAUACCACUAGUUCUGGAGGCCGGAAGUCGCAAGAAGAUGUUCCUACCGUGAAAACGAGCCCGAUCCCUGCUACCGACCCCUCUCAAUCGCUACUUUCCCUCUUAGCUUCUGCCGACGUUUCACGCACACCUUCCUCUCAACCGACACCAAUUAGCACGAUCUCAAACAACUCAAUAUCUAAGCCUUCCAAAGCUACAGACUCCCCUCUUACAGUUGAAAGAACACCAGAUAGUGCGCCAACAUCAAGUAUCACCGGUACUGCUCCUCAAGGAUCUAGGCUUCUAGCUCUUGGUAGCAGAGCACCCAUAAAACCACAACCAAACAGUCAAGCUUCACUCCCCAAUGGCACCAUGUUACCUUUAGCCGUUCAACCUGUGCAUAAAGCAUCCCUUCCUAUCGGUCCGGUCCAGGUCGUGCCAAAGGCCCCUUCACGUGCUUCGAACAGUUUCUCUCCUUUUGAAGAGCAGCGAGAGCAUGGUGAGAUACUUCGCCAAGCAACAGGGGAACGGCACUUACCCUCUGAGGCAGUUGGGUGGCCAGACUCAUCCAAUUUCGACCAUCCAACUUCUGGACAUUCAGUCGGGAGAGGGAGCAGAUUUGCCAAAUUCUUCGAUGCAAAAGUAAAGGAAACUUCCGUGCAACCUCCCGCAUUACCUAAAUCAACCACUCCUGUUGGCUUUGUAUCUUCAUCUCCAAUACCAGGUCAAAGACAGGAUCCUGUUUUCCAUAGUGUCAAUUCUCCCAUUGUUGACGAAAAUGUGACUGUAGAAGAUCUAUUUGCGAAACUUAGCAUGGGCACCCAGCUACAGCGAUCCAAUCCACAGCAUUCUGCUCAGGGACCGAGUUUGGGUUUCGGUCAUCAGACCCAGAAUAUCCAACACUUCCAGCAACAACAGCAGUUGCAAUCCCAACACCUUCAUCAGCACAAUAAUACUCGCUUAGAGACGUUUACAGAGAGUCGUAACUUUACGCCAGACGGAUUAGUCCCUGGCCUUCGUUCAGUUCCUCCUCCACGGACCCGAGACAAUGGAAUGUUUCAGGAUUCCAUCGAUGAAGCGGUCCUUCUCAACGCGCAACAACGUUUGGCGCUGCAACAACAGCGAGGAUACGAGCAGCUCUACCCAGGUUCUCUUUCUACUGGCUUCGGACAACAAGGAAACCGAAGCGUAGGCUUAUCCUUACAACAACAACAGUUCCGUGGAGGCCCGUCCCCUACCCUCCAAGGUCCACACGUCCCCUUACAACAGCAAAGGCUUCCUCCUGGUCUAGCCAAUCUUGGUGGCAGACCUCCACAUGACCCGACGCAGCUACUGGGCCUGCAAGGCAGCUUAGGUUCACAACUUCACGGACUUCAGGUCAAUCCCCAGCAACAGGGUUUCAGUAAUUUCCAUCCUCAACCUACGAACGUUGGAUUUGGGGGACCUCAACCACAGCUACGAGGGCCUCCGCCCGGUAGUGCUCACACGUUGCCCGCUCACCAAUUGGGAGGCUUGGGUUUACCUGGUGGACUGGAUCUUCGCAAUGCCAACCAACAGCAAUCACAACUCUUGGCCAUGAGUAGCCUGGGUGGGGGUGCUCUUCGCGGCGUUGGAAAUAAUGGCUAUAAUCCGGUGUCCUCUGCGCAGCUACAAAAUCCUUUGCUCGCUCAAAUGCGACAGCAACAACAACCCCCACCACAACUCCCGCCUCAUAUGAUACCCCAUAUGAUACCUCCUCAUCUCCAACAACCAGGCCCCGUCACUGGCAAUCAGAGUGCCCAAGACUUAAUGGCGCUCUUGAUGGGCGGUGCCCAUCAUAGAGAAUGAGUGAAUGUCGCUCUUUGGUUCUAUAUACAUACCUCUCGUUCAGGACGUUUUGCUGUAUGAUUUGUUCCUUUUAUUCGUUGUCAUAUCUUGACUAUUUGUGGCUUUGAGUCGCGACGCAUAUAUAUUUUGAUGCAUUAUCCUCUCGCAAGUUACGCAGCCUGAGUGGCGUAGAGUGACUACCUUACCGAACGUUCUCGUUGCAGACUUGAUCAUUGGGAAAGUGAAAGUGACGGAGAAUGAAAGGCGUUGGUGAUGAUAUUUUUCUGGAAAACGCCCGGGGAUCCAGUGCUGUACAUUCC